AUGACAGAAUCAAAAAUGCGCUUGGAAGACUGGUUGGAUGACCUUUGUGUCCGUUUCAUUGUAAAUCUUCCACGAGAGGAGUUGGAAUCCGUUGAACGAAUUUGUUUUCAAGUUGAGGAAGCACAGUGGUUUUACGAAGACUUCAUCCGACCUCUCGACCCCAACCUCCCCUCCCUAAGCUUGCGCGCCUUCGCACUGCGCAUCUUUCAGCAUUGCCCGCUGAUGUCGCAAUGGUCUCAUUACCAUCAUUCUACUGCGUUUUCUGAAUUUUUAGCGUACAAGACUCGGGUUCCCGUGCGCGGCGCGAUCUUGCUCAACCAGGACAUGGAUGAAGUUGUUCUUGUUAAGGGAUGGAAGAAAAAUGCUAACUGGAGUUUCCCUCGCGGUAAGAUCAACAAGGAUGAGAAAGAUUUGGAUUGUGCAAUUCGAGAAGUCUACGAAGAGACUGGCUUUGAUAUUAGGGCCGCCGGUCUUGUUAAGGACGAGAAGAAAAUCAAGUAUAUCGAGAUUCCUAUGCGUGAGCAGAACAUGAGGCUGUAUGUCCUCAGAGGUGUUCCAAUGGAUACCGUUUUUGAACCAAGGACAAGGAAGGAAAUCAGCAAGAUUCAGUGGUACAAGCUUUCAGAGCUCCCAACACUCAAGAAGAGCAAGCUGAUUGAGACCGAUGGGCAUAACCUUUCCAACAAGUUCUAUAUGGUUGCUCCCUUUUUGGUGCCUCUGAAAAAAUGGAUUGCGCAGCAGAAGCGGGCGGACCUUGCUGCCGCACAAAACUUGAAUUCCAGUGCAGAGGCGAUAGCUACAGAUGGUCUUUUGGUAGAGGAAGAUGGUCUUUCUGCCAAUGAGGCUUUACCAAAGGAGUGCGCCAACGAGGCCCAGCUUCCUAGUGACCUUCCCGAGGUCUCUAUGGCCCAAGAUCCCUCCACUCAUCUAAAGAGGCUUCUCAAUAUCAGCACCGGAUCCUCCUUGCCAGAUGCUCCCACCCCACCCCAGCCUCAGCUUAUAAACCCGGACUUACCAAAGGGUAGUGCGCUUCUAGCUUUGCUGAGAAGGUCAACAGACACUGGUAUGGAGUCUACUUCAGGGAAAAUUGUAGUGCCGACCUCUCAGCCGGCGUAUUUUCCGAAGGACAUCAUGCAACAGCAAGGCCAGCAUCGUGCUAUGGCUUCGCAACCUAAUUAUUCUCAGCCGCCAGCUCCACCUCACCACACCGUAGCUCCCAUACCACCCGAACCAGGAGAACCCAAGAAUCAAAUCCUUUCGAAGAGCAUGUCUUCCUCGGAGACUCCCGGUCAAGUCCCGUUGACCCCAUUCCCAUACCCUUUUGGUCAUCCUCUACAUCGUCACCAGCAGCCGCCUCAUGUCAGUGUGCGCCAAUUUCCCUAUCUAUCUUUUCCGACGGGGGUGGGUAACAGAUAUCCUGGUAAUCAAAGAUCAACAUUACCCGAACCUCCAAGACCGCCUUUCGAGAUGCCAGUGUCGUUAGAGCCAAGUCAAGUACCGUAUUUCAAUAUGUCUUUACCACAGAGACAAACCCCAGCGCCUUACCAGCGAACUGGCGAUCCCGAAUUUGUUCAGAACCUCUUUCCAAAUCUCCAUGCACCGUCGAUCCCUCCAGCCAGCAAGCUUCCGCCACCGAAACUUACACGUCACUCCCUUGCCCUCCUCAAUGUGUUUAAGAAUGACAGCGUUAAGAAGACAGAUGUAUCUAAACCUGAACUGGAAUCGCAGUCGAGCGCGCCAAGCAAAGUUCAAUCUCAACACCAGAAUAGUCUGUUAGAGCUUCUGAAAAAGCCACAAGCUGCCGCCUUAUCUGCACAUGGCCGUGCGGAACUGGCUGCUCGCCCCACUCCUUCCUUAGGAAUUGCGAAAGCUCCCGCGCCUGAAGUACCUGCACAAUCACAACAGAAAACACAAGAAGAGCGGAGUAAGUCUCCUAACAACAGCGCCAGAAUUUCAGCUACGGUUUCGGGGCCAUUGAAUUUGCCUAAGCUUGAAGCUAUUGCGAAAUCAGUAUCAAAGAAAUCUGUGACACAGUCAUUGCGGCCUACUACCAAGCAGGAAGUUACACCAACAAAAGGAAAUUUUGUUAUUCUUCCACGACCGCCCACAGUAAAGAAAGAGGCUACUGUACAACAGCUUACUAAGCCUCCACCUUCGGCCGCGAAAAGAAACGUCCAACUUUCCGAAAUCAGAAAACCGUUUCAGCCAAAGAUUCUCCGCCGCCCUGUCAAAGAUGACCUAGCUGCUUCGCUUCCCACAGAAACUGUUCCUGUUAGUGCUUUUACACUCUCUGAAAAGCAAGCUGUGCCUGAGAAUCGACACGGAGAACCUGUAGCGGUGAAUUAUGACCGUCGGCCGAGCCAGACUGCGUCCCAAAAGGAAGCUUUGCUAUCGCUCUUUGGCAAACCUCCUCACUCACCCGCAGCAGUGCCCCCUACGGAGCCGGUGCAAGCUCCCUCCCCUGGAUCAAAGAUACCGCCACAGUCAGCUAUCAUAAGCCCAGUUGAUUCAACUUUUUCACAAGUUGGGACUUCAGGAGGUGCUCCCACUCCCGUGUCCAGAGUGAGAAGCAUUUCUCCGGUUGUUGGAACUGAAACUAGUAAGGCGGGGCCAACAUCACCAAUGAACAAGGCAUUUUUACUUGGAUACUUGGACGGAGUUGCGAAAGGUACACAUUGA